AUGCAGAACGAAGCGAUAUCAAAGGAGGCUAUGGCCCUGACCUUUGUGCUUUACCUAAUGGCUCCUAUUGCUUUGGCUCAGCCGAUCGAGUUGACCAUGAUGAACCAGAGCGUGGACGACAGCUUCGGCGGCUGCAGAGACGAGAUGGCCUCUAAAGUCCUGGACCUCUAUUUCCCCAGAGAGAGCCAGAACCCCCCGUUCCAGAACGCCUGGAGCCUGGCCGAACCCUGCUCCCACAGAGACCAGGACGAGCUGCCGGACCACCACAAGGCGCUCACCAAACACCAGCUGCAGUCUCUCUGUGUGUACACCAACGCCUCCACCAGAAUGUACGCCAUUCUCAACGCGCAGAUUAGAAAAGGCGCUCCGAUGUACGACACGGCCUCGUUCCAGUAUCACGCUCUGUACUUCUGGAUCACGACUGCUUUACAAGUCCUGAAGGAAUCUUGUGAAACUACGUACAAACGAACCCGUGACGUCUAUAAAGGACAGAUUGGUUCAAAGAUUCGAUUCGGUUACUUGACGUCGACCUCUCGCAGCCCGUAUGUGGUGGAAUACGGAACAGAGACGUGUUUUCACAUCAGGACGUGCCUUGGAGCGUUCAUCGGGAACUACUCGGUCGCACCAUCGGAGGAGGAGGUCCUGGUGCCUUCCUACGAGGAGUUUAGAAUCGUUGACAUUGUGUCCGACUCGUACGGAAGUCUGGAGUGUAAAAAGAUCUUUGUUCUAGAGAGCGUCGGCUUCAGCAGCGAUCUCAACUGUGCCGCGGUGAACCACAGCCAGGGCAUCAGGGCCAAUGUGCUCCUGAUAGUAAUAUUACUGACCAGUGUUCUAGCCCCUUCUCCAUCCUGCGUCAUAAACACUUUGCUGUAG